AUGCAAACGUCCUUCUGGAAAUGGUUUUGCCUUGCUUUAAUUUCAUUGUAUUUUGUAUUCAGGGAUGAGGCAGCCUGCUUCUCCAUCCAAAAAGGCCUCCAAGCUUCACGCAGCUUCAUAAAAUACUUCAAGCACAAUGACAUGCAUGACUUGGAGAGGCUUCUCCAGGAGCAAGAGUUGGAAGACCAGCAGAACCCUCGUAAGGCUCGAGUAACUCGCAAGUUCAUUGUUGUGGAGGGACUGUACAUCAACACCGCUGACAUCUGUCCUCUUCCUGAGCUGGUGAAACUAAAAUACAAGUAUAAGGUGAGGAUUUUCCUGGAGGAGAGCAUGUCUUUCGGUGUGUUGGGAGAGCAUGGCCGAGGGGUCACUGAGCACUUUGGAGUCAAAAUAGAAGACAUUGACUUGAUCAGUGCUAACAUGGAGAAUUCUGUGGCCUCCAUUGGAGGCUUUUGCUGUGGACGCUCUUUUGUUAUAGACCACCAGCGCCUGUCAGGCCAAGGCUACUGUUUCUCUGCGUCCCUGCCUCCCAUGCUAGCUGCUGCUGCCAUAGAGGCCCUCAGCAUCAUGCAAGAGAAUCCAGACAUAUUCACCGUUCUGAGGAAGAAAUGCACAUAUGUUUACAAAGAAUUACAAGGAAUUCCAGGGUUGAAGUUGGUCGGAAUGCAGUUUGCCCCCGCUCUUCACCUGCAGCUGGAGAAAAGUUCGGGCUCUCGAGAGUCUGACAUGCAGAUGCUGCGCUCAAUUGUAGAUUAUUGUAUGGAGAGGCAAGUGGCACUGACCCUCGCCCGAUACCUCGAAAAAGAGGAGCGAUAUCCCCCUCCGCCCAGCAUCAGAGUGGUGGUGACCAUCGAACAGACGGAGGAGGACAUAUUGAAGGCCAAGUCGUGUAUCCAGGAAGCCGCUUUAACAUUACUGAAAUGAAUGUGUUUUGUUUUGUUUUUUAAACCUACCGAUGUCACUGGACCUCUUAUUAUCCAUUCUUUGGACUGAAUAGUGUGGAUGACAUGGAGUAACUCACGCACAUUGUGUGCACACUUAAAUUGUUUGGAUCAAGAGCCUCAUGAUAGAGAUUUGCAUAUCCUAUAUCUUUUUAAUUUUUCUCCUCCCCUCUCAGAGUUUUGCAUAUCCUUUCCAUGAAUGUCAACUGAGAGCUGAGGCCAAUAAAGGAAAAACGCUCGUGAAGCUGCAAUGCCAAUGUUACUCUUUGAAGAAGUUGACAGCAGUUUGUACAUAUUUUGUUGCAGAUUAAAAUGCUCCAACAUCUGGAAUUGACUCACUGACAUUUGUUCAUGUUCAUUCAGCACAUAACAUUCACCGGCUUGGCAUCUUGAGCACCUGACCAUGUUUUUGUCUUUCGUUUCUUUCAUCUUACUUUUUAGUUAUUGUAUAUUCAACAAAGUUUUUCUACUAAGCCAAUUAUCGAAAAACGAAACAUUAAUAUAUAAAAUAAAGGCUUUAUUUCUGCCAGAAA